UUAACAGAAAAUUAUCUGCGUACACACUCAUAUAAAAUGUCAUUUUAAGAAACUACAACUCCCGUUUUCACUGGAACAUUACAACAUGGCUGCCUCCUGUGUUGCAGUAAGGGAGUUGCUUGUACAUAAUAUGAAUAAACAGAUAUUAAUAUUGUAUCCAAAGGCUCCGUGUGUUAUAAGACGGAUAAGCACAUCGAGCAGACGAUGUGACAGUCAACCGCAGCCGAGAGUGAAAAGUGCUCCCCAGCAGCUGGUUGGAGUGGUGGGUUUGGAGGUCCAUGCCCAGAUUAACUCCAACACCAAGCUGUUCUCCGGCUCAUCGGUUCGCUUCUCUGCUCCUCCAAACUCCCUGGUGUCGCACUUUGAUGCAUCCUUACCGGGCACAUUACCCGUUCUGAACAAACGAUGUGUCGAGGCGGCAGUAAUGACAGGACUGGCUCUCAAUUGCACCAUAAACAGGAAAUCACUGUUUGACAGGAAACACUACUUCUACGCUGACCUCCCUGCUGGAUAUCAGAUCACUCAGCUACGCCGACCCAUUGCAGUAGAUGGAGUGCUCACUUACAGCUUCCUUGGCGGAAAAAAGGGGAGCCAGAUGAUGAGAAAAACUGUGAGCAUUAAACAGAUUCAGCUGGAGCAGGACAGCGGCAAGAGUCUCCAUGACGACCUCCGCAGCCAGACACUCGUAGACCUCAACAGAGCAGGUGUAGGUCUAAUGGAGCUGGUGAUGGAGCCAGACAUGAGCUGUGGAGAGGAGGCUGCUGCAGCUGUCAGAGAGCUUCAGCUCAUCCUGCAAGCCCUGGGCACCUGUCAAGGCAACAUGUCUGAGGGCCAGCUGAGAGUAGAUGCCAAUGUGUCGGUCCACACACCUGGCGAUCCUCUCGGCAUCAGGACAGAGGUGAAGAACAUCAACAGCAUCCGAUUCCUGGCCAGAGCUAUCGACUACGAGAUCCAGAGGCAGAUCGAAGUCCUGCAGAGAGGGGGGACGGUGCAGAACGAGACCCGGUCGUAUGAUUCCAAAUCAGGGCAGACCAUUCCUAUGAGGGACAAAGAGGGUCUUCAGGACUACAGGUUUAUGCCAGAGCCCAACCUGCCCCCUGUGAUUGUGUAUGAGGAUAACGCAUCGCUGCCCACUGGCAUUGAUGCAUGCCAGGCGGUGGUGGUGCAGAAGAUAAGGGAAGGGCUGCCAGAGCUGCCCAGUGUCAAAAGAGACAGGCUGGUGCAAACGUACGGCAUCCUGCCUGAGCACAGCUUCACUCUGGUGAACGAGGACGGGCUGGUGGAGUUCUUCGAGGCGUUGUUGAAGGCGACUAAGAAAGGGCCGAGAAAGGUGAUUGGCUGGGUGACAAAGGAGCUGGUGGGUCACCUCAGACAGCAAGACAUGAGUGUGAGCCAGAGCCCAAUCUCUCCGUCUGCCCUGGCCGAGCUGCUGGAACUCCAGGAAGCAGGACACAUCUCCUCUACGGUUGCCAAGCAGGUGUUCCAGGAGAUGUGGAGGUCAUCGGGCAAGUCAGCCUCUCAAAUCAUCCAGGAGCAGGACUUGGGUCUUGUUAGUGACACUGCACAGCUGCACAGCAUCUGCCAGAAGGUGGUGGACUCACAUCCUGAUGAGGUUCACGACAUCAGAAAUGGAAACAAGAAAGUCCUGAACAAGCUGAUGGGUCUGGUUCAGAGGGAGACCAAAGGUCGAGCUGACCCAGUUGUGGUGAUGGCAAUUUUACGAGAAAAGACUUCAUGAAGGUCAGACUGUUCUGCAAGACUCAGCCAUGUCAGAGACACAAUGAAGUCAUGACAUAAGUGACCUUCUUGAGAGGAGAACAGUACACAGAGUAGUCAUGUCCAUGUCACACUGUAAUAUAUGGUACCUGGUAUUUGGUGUCGGUCAAGCUGAAAAUGUCAACAAGUUCCUGAGAGGUUGAAAUUUUUGUAAAUACUGAACAAUGCUUUCAUUUGACCAUCAUCGUCUGUAUUUAUGUUUAAAAUGUAAUAAAGAUUUUCAGAUUA